ACCGUAGCGGCCCUCCCGCCUCGGCGCCUCUUCCUGCGCGCGGCGGCGGCGGCGGCGGCGGCAGGGCCCGGCACAGGCAGGGUGUCAUUGUCCCAAACAUACCAGAAGUAAACCCAGUCCUGUCUGAUAAACCUGAGGGUUAAAGGGAUUUGCUUUUGAAGCCACACCCACAGAUUCCACUGAAUUAACUGGGACUGCUUGAAGGGAUGCCUGAAAGUCAAGGGAAAGACAGCGAAAGCCACAUCAGCAGCAGCAGUUCCAGCACUAGCAAUUCAGUUGCUCGCUUUGGACAGUGUCAAUAUACAGCAAAUGAGUAUCAAGCUAUCCAGCAUGCUCUUCGUCAGAAACUGGGUCCAGAAUAUAUCAGCAGUCGACAAGCUGGAGGAGGACAAAAGGUCUGCUACAUUGAGGGUCACAAGGUAAUCAGUCUGGCCAAUGAGAUGUUUGGCUUCAAUGGCUGGGCUCAUUCAGUCACUCAACAGAAUGUUGACUUUGUUGACCUCAACAAUGGCAGGUUCUAUGUGGGGGUCUGUGCAUUCGUGAAAGUUCAGCUUAAGGAUGGGUCAUACCAUGAAGAUGUAGGUUAUGGUGUCAGUGAAGGCCUUAAGUCUAAGGCCUUGUCCUUAGAAAAGGCAAGAAAGGAGGCAGUAACAGAUGGACUGAAGAGGGCGCUCAAGUGCUUUGGGAAUGCUCUUGGGAACUGCAUCCUAGACAAAGACUACCUACGAGCUGUGAAUAAACUUCCACGUCAGAUACCCCCUGAGUUAGAUUUGGUGAAAGCUAAAAGACAGGACUACGAGCCUGAAAUUGAGAAAGCAAGAUACAACAGCUGUUUGGAAAGGCAGAACACAGGAUGGAGAGAGCACUGUGAGACGGCAUCUACUUGUAAACCUAGUCACACAGAGGCUUCUGUAGUGACGGAAGAUGAGAAACAGCCAAACAGUUCCAGGGGCAGAAAUUCAGAUUCCUUAGCUAUUGAGUGUGAUGCCACUUACCAGCGGAAAUUGCGCCAAAAGCAGCUACAGCAACAGUUCCGGGAACAGAUGGAGAAGAGAUGUCAGGUUACAGAAGUCACUCCUAGCAGCAAACAGGCAACAGCCCAUCCUCCUGUAAAACAGGACACUCCAGCAGCAGUACAACAGGAACUAGCAAUAGAAGAAGAUUUCUUUGCAGAUGAUCCUGAACUUUGGGACAUUUCCUUGGAGACCACUGAUCUUAACAAGAUAAUGGGUCACAAAAUGGCAGGCCCAUUAGCUGGACACCAGACACCAAAAACACCCUGUGGACAUCAUCAAAUGAUUACUCGUAACAGGACCCCUCAGAGAAUGAAUUAUCACAAACCUCCUGCGAGACCUGCACAAUUGCCGCCAUCUGCUACUCGCAUGAGCAACAGCCACGGUGCCGACCAGCAUACACCAGCAGAGCCCAGCCCUCACAGAAGUCAAAGCUUGAAGAAAAGGAGGCUAGAACCUACAUAGGACACCUGGUGGUACCGUUACCUACAUACUGGGUUACAUCAGAAGACUGCAGCUGGCUGUUCAAAGUACGUGAGGAAGACUAAUCUAUUAAUAGAUUGUCCUGUAUGUUAUGAUGAAGCCACACAGAAGAGUCUAAUACAACCAGCAAGAACUUCACGUGCUUUUGGGUUGUUACAUAUUUCAAAUUUUUUCUAUGAACAAGUAAUCAUUUGUACUUCUGCAGCAUUGACUUACGGCUCUAUUACAAGCUGGAGUUACAAGUAAUUUGCCUGAAAUUGUAACACGAGUAAUCCUUAAAAUGAGUUGCCAUUCAUCAUUUCUUUCUUCCUCAGUGUUGUGUUUCAGCAUACAGGAAUGGUUUUUCAAUAAAAUAAGGGGGUGGGUUACGGUCACAUGAAUGCAUACACACUGUGCUCUCCUGGUCCAUGUGGCUGUUUGCAGCUGUGGCAGCGCCUGCCUCUCGUGUGGAGCCCAGCUGUUUGCCCUGGGGCUGCACAGACGUGUCAGAAGCGUCGCCCUUACCCUGACACAGCUCUGCCUCAGAUUCUUCCUCAGUCGGACCCGAUUCCUAUCCAGCAGCAGCAGCGCAGCACCUUUGUUCACCUGUGCCAGGGCAGGAGCGUGCUGGGAUUGCUGCUGAGGAGUACACAAAGCAUCUCAGGCAGUUCCUUUGGAUUCUUUGUAAAAUGAAGGGGAGCUGCAGGUUUUUCUGAUGUUUUAAAUAAGCUUAUAGUCAUAUCUUUAACACAAAAAUAAACAUGAAAUUUGGAGAAAAACCAU